CCCCACUGGCUGUGUCCCGGAAGUGGUCCUAUGUUGGGUCCGCAUGCCGGGAGCGGAAUCUCGGCACUCCCGGAAGUGGCCUGGAGGCGGCGCGCCAGGCCCGAGCGGUGCUCACUCCUGCUCGGGGCGCUGCGGCCCCGGGCGUCGCCAUGACCAGCGAGCUGGACAUCUUCGUGGGGAACACUACCCUUAUCGACGAGGACGUGUAUCGCCUCUGGCUCGAUGGUUACUCGGUGACCGACGCGGUGGCCCUGCGGGUGCGCUCGGGAAUCCUGGAGCAGACGGGCGCCACGGCAGCGGUGCUGCAGAGCGACACCAUGGACCAUUACCGCACCUUCCACAUGCUGGAGCGGCUGCUGCACGCACCACCCAAGCUACUGCACCAGCUCAUCUUCCAGAUUCCGCCCUCCCGGCAGGCACUACUCAUCGAGAGGUACUAUGCCUUUGAUGAGGCCUUUGUUCGGGAGGUGCUGGGCAAGAAGCUGUCCAAAGGCACCAAGAAAGACCUGGAUGACAUCAGCACCAAAACAGGCAUCACCCUCAAGAGCUGCCGGAGACAGUUUGACAACUUUAAGCGAGUCUUCAAGGUGGUAGAGGAAAUGCGGGGCUCCCUGGUGGACAAUAUUCAGCAACACUUCCUCCUCUCUGACCGGUUGGCCAGGGACUAUGCAGCCAUCGUCUUCUUUGCUAACAACCGCUUUGAGACAGGGAAGAAAAAACUGCAGUAUCUGAGCUUCGGUGACUUUGCCUUCUGCGCUGAGCUCAUGAUCCAAAACUGGACCCUUGGAGCCGUCGGUGAGGCCCCCAUUGACCCAGACUCGCAGAUGGAUGACAUGGACAUGGACUUAGACAAGGAAUUUCUCCAGGACUUGAAGGAACUCAAGGUGCUAGUGGCUGACAAGGACCUUCUGGACCUGCACAAGAGCCUGGUGUGCACUGCUCUCCGGGGAAAGCUGGGCGUCUUCUCUGAGAUGGAAGCCAACUUCAAGAACCUGUCCCGGGGGCUGGUGAACGUGGCCGCCAAGCUGACUCACAAUAAAGAUGUCAGAGACCUGUUUGUGGACCUCGUGGAGAAGUUUGUGGAACCCUGCCGCUCCGACCACUGGCCACUCAGCGACGUGCGGUUCUUCCUGAAUCAGUAUUCAGCGUCUGUCCACUCCCUUGAUGGCUUCCGACACCAGGCCCUCUGGGACCGCUACAUGGGCACCCUCCGCGGCUGCCUCCUGCGCCUCUAUCAUGACUGAGGCCCCGCCCAAUGUCCCGCCCACACUGACAAUAAAGUUGCCUUGAGUUUGGA